AUGGCUGCACCGUCCACAGAGCAAAAAGAGCUCCAGCUCGUCGAGACUGUCGAGUUUAAAAUCUUGGGCGUCGCAAACAAGGAGGAGAAACUCCAUGAGCUGCUACAGCGCUAUCUGGCGCCCCUGAUAUUGAAAGCCGCCAGUGACCAUGCCAGCGUCCGCGGCAGAGUAAUUCAAAUAUUGGCCCGUCUGAAGACAUUCAUACAGCCACCGCAAGUCAUCUUGCCCGUUAAGGCGCUGUUGCAGCAGUACAGGACAACCGACUCCGCUGUCAUCAAGCAACUGGAUCUUUCCUUCAUUCUACACAGCAUCGAGCGGAUCGAUGUAGAAGACCGGCGUGAUCUUCUCCCCAUCGCGCUCAAAGGUCUUGCGGCAGAUCAGAAUCAGCCCCGAGCCGCGACUAUUCUGAACAUCAUCCUUCGCCUGAUCCUAGACAUGAGAAUACCGCCUCGUGGAAGCAAAGAUGAUGAAGUGUUCAGAACAGCUCUUGGUCUAGAAGAUGCGGCCGACGCAAAGUAUCUAGCCUACUUGCUCGGCGUGUUCCUUCGACUCCGAGCGGCGUCAGGCUCCCAGACGCUGGCCCAGUCCAAUCCCACUCUUUCAAGCUUGGAUCUGGCUUUGUUCCCGUCUGAAAGUCCAGACACAGAAAAGCUGCUUCGUCGUAUAUCUGAACUCAAGAUCAAGGUCGUGACCCUGCUCGCCAGUGCAGCCUUUACCGAUGAAGAGAAGUUCCUCCCUGCGCUGUAUGCUGCCGCAAGCUUCGACGGCAGAGUGGCCUCAACCGGCGAGGAGGUCAUCAAGAGGAGUUCCGUUUCUCUCGAGGACGAGGCCCUCGUCGAGCGCCUCUUUGCUGCUCAUGCCUCACUUCCCGCCGCCAAUCGCACCCGAAUCCUCGGUAUGCUGUCAAAGUCAGCCAUUUCGACAAGCAUGACAGACAAUAUCAUGAAGGUCGUGACACUCGACUUCAUGCCACCACAGGAAGGAUCAUCGUCAAACUCGCUACAGCCCUCGAGCGCCCUGGAACGAACCAAACUUCACAAGGCCCUAUUUCAGUACAUGUCUUGGGUCGCUCAAAUUGGCCCGUCCAAAAAAGGCUUCACAAUCGGACCACAACUGAUUCAAAAGAUGCGAGAAUAUGUUGAAAGCCAAGGCUGGCCUCUUGCUGAGUCCAGUACGAAUGAUGAUGUAAACCUUCGAUCGCGCGCAUAUGAGACGAUUGGGCUAUUGGCACGGAGCGCAGAUAUGCCAACGGAUGACAAACUCAAUCUUGCUGCAUGGCUGUUUCGCUCAUUAUCAGAAGACUCUACCAACGAUGCCAUUGUCAACAUUGACGGUGCUCUUUCCAGUCUGACUGCGAAUAUCGAUCCCAGCACCACGGCCGGCAACUUGAUGUUCAGAACCAUGCUGCUCAACUACAUGUCGUUGGCCGACGAACCCCCAGCCGUCCGUAGCACACGCCACGCCGUUGUCAAGUGGGCGAAUCAAUGUCUUCCCUUUUCCGACGUCUACGCUAGGUGGAUUGAUAUCCUGGCUAUCGCCGGUCAAUACAACGAGCGCAAUGAUGUCAUCGAGCAAGGCCACAAGGGUCUUGAUCCGUGGACUUACUUCGCGCAUAGCCAGGCACAUACGCAAAUGCCUGACUGGAAGAACAUGGCAGGCACAUACUUUGAUUCUCUUAUUGAACCCGCACCAAUGGCGAGCGGACAGUCCGUCAAUGGGCUGCCAACUUUGCCCGUGCGCCCAGUUUUCCAGAAUUUUCACGGGUCACGCAUUCUUGCCUUUCCCAUCGCUUUAAAGUAUUGCAAAAACGUUAUGCUUCUCUCGGCCCUGGGUGAUUUUACCGUGCAGCCGGACUGGAUGCAAGCGUUGAGCGCGCAGCUGAAAAACGACAUCAAGACUCAAGACAAGGUUCGUGCGUACCUGGCGAAAAAUGACUCGAAAGAGCUCGUAUUCUAUCUCCAGACGUGCCUCGAGGGCGCUUUUGUCGAAGACGCCCCCAUUGUGGAAGACUGUAUUCGUUGCUUUGUUGAAGUGGCGUCGCUGGCACAGGCCGAGACUAUUGGCCAGCUCACGGGGCAUACAAUGCGUCUGCUUCCUCUGGUCAAGUCGAACAAUCGAGAAAUCAGAACACUCGCUUCCAAGGCUGUUGGAAUCCUGGCUGCACAUCCUGUCAAUAGCACCGAUGCCGUCUCGAACUUUGCGGUCACGCUACACAGCUUUUUUGACAACGCGCAGAGAAAGGCUGGCCCUGACCUGAAUGCUGCAGAGGGUGCAUUGACGGCAUUUGGCUAUCUACAGUCUCGAUGCGUCUAUUACAAUCGUGAUGUGCCCGAGACUGCCUAUCCUCUAUCGUAUCUUGCAGAUGAGUCUACACCAGUUUCACUUUUCGAGGCGGCUCUUGACUCGUUUGCCCAGCUCUGGUCUGCCAAGCUGUCUGUACCUCUGUCAGAAGGCAAGCACAGCUUGGAAGCCAUCGUCGAGAGACUUGCAGCACAAGCUAAGAAAGGAAAUGAGCGUGCCAUUGCCGCACUCGGACGCCUCGCGUCUGCCCUCGAUGUUGGCCAACUCAAAGACACGGGUUCUUCAAUUCCGGAAUGGGAACAAGGCACACUCGGUGCUAUCUUGAAAGACCUGUUCGCUCUCCACGAAUUAAAGCAGGUUGAGGUUCACUUCGCCGUAGGAGAAGCUAUCACAGCAGCAAUUGCUCGAUGGGAGUCUGAUCAGGUCAAUUUGGGCAUGGACGUCGAGUGCCGUGGCGACGAGUUUCGAAGCAAAGCCUUGGACUCCAUCAUUUCGGCAGUUCUGAGCAAGCUUUUUACCGACUGUAAAGGCACCAAGCCUUCUCUGCUCAAGGCGUCUGGCAUCUGGUUGUUCUGUAUUGUUCAGUACUGCUCUCACAUUGAGCAGGUCCAGUCUCGUCUGCGCGAGGCACAAAGUGCCUUUAUGCGCUUGUUGAACGCGCGUGAUGAGCUUGUGCAGGAAACAGCCUCCCGUGGGCUGUCCCUUGUCUACGAAAGAGGCGAUGCCGACCUCAAGUCGGCGCUGGUCAAGGACCUCGUGUCGGCUUUCACGGGCUCUGGCACGCAGCUGAAGGUGGAGGAGGAUACGGAGCUAUUUGAGCCUGGCGCUUUGCCCACAGGAGAAGGCAACUCGGUCACAUCGUACAAGGACAUUGUCAACCUCGCAAACGAAGUCGGCGAUCAGCGACUGGUGUACAAAUUCAUGUCCCUUGCUGCCAACGCCGCAACCUGGUCUACACGAUCUGCUUUCGGUCGUUUCGGUCUGAGCAACAUUCUGUCAGAGUCUGAGGUUGACCCAAAGCUAUACCCAAAGCUUUACAGAUAUCGGUUUGAUCCAAAUUCCAAUGUCCAGAGGUCCAUGGAUGACAUUUGGAAAUCUCUCGUCAAGGAUACCAACAGCACUAUAGAUCAACACUUUGACGCCAUUAUGGAGGACCUUUUGAAGAGCAUCCUUGGCCGCGAGUGGCGAAUGCGAGAAGCUAGCUGUGCCGCCAUUGCCGAACUCGUCCACGGCCGUCCAUUCGUGCAGUAUGAAAAAUACUAUCGUGAUAUCUGGACUGCAGCCCUCAAGGUCCUUGAUGAUGUCAAAGGCAGUGUGCGUGAAGCAGCUCUGAAGCUUUGCAUGGGACUCUCCAACGGCCUCGUGCGGCAACUGGAAGAGAGCAAUCAUAGCGCAGCUGCCAAGGCAAUGAUGAAAGAAGCACUACCCUUCCUGCUGUCCGAAAAGGGUAUCGAAAAUUCCGCGCAAGAUGUGCAAAUUUUUGCCACGAUUACAGUCAUGAAAAUCUGCAAGCACGGUGGUGUAUCUCUGAGGCCAUUCAUCUCCGAAAUUGUCUCGCACAUGCUCGGGUUGCUGAGCACAAUCGAACCGCAGCAGAUCAACUACCACUAUCAGCGAGCUGGCGAAGAAAGCCGCGAUCAGAUCGACAAGCUGCGAUCGCAAAUGGUGAACCAGUCUCCCAUUUCCGAGGCCAUUGAGAAUUGUCUGCGCUUUGUCGAUGCCGACGUCAUGGUGCAAUUAGCCCCAAAGCUGGAGGCAACAAUCAAGAGCGCCAUUGGCAUGCCGACCAAGAUUGGGUGCAGCCGUGUUCUGACGACGUUAUUCACGCGACACACCAAUGACAUCAAGCCGCUGUCGGGCAAGUUCUUGAAACUGCUUGAGAAGCAGACUUUGGAUAAGAAUGACGAAGUGAGCCAAGCAUAUGCCAGAGCAGCUGCCUAUAUCAUGAGAGCAGUGGGAGACGUGGAUCGGCAAGGCUUCUGCAGUGGUCUGGUGGAGCUGUACUUUAACGGCGAGGACGAAAGUCGCCGUCAAAAAGUAUCAGACGUCGUAGUCUCGCUGGCCAAAAUUUCGCCCGACCACUUUUCGAGCCAAGAAGCGGAUCUACUGCCAUUCUCGUAUCUGGGAUCUUACGACACCGACGAGUACACCAGCAAAGUUUUCAAAGAGGUAUGGAGCCAACACGCUGGCAGCAGUCGUACAGUCAUGCGGCACAUCCCGGAGAUUGUCGCGCUGGUGGAGCGUUGUCUAGCUACUACACAAUGGGCACUCAAGCACACGGGUGCUUUUACCAUUGCGGCCGCGGUCUCGGACGUAGUGAGCGCAACCGAAAUGACGGGUGGUAUUAGUGAGGUCAACUGCAAGGCACUCUGGCCUGCUUUCGACAAGGCUCUGGCACUCAAGACGUUUCCUGGCAAAGAAAAAGUGCUCGCGUCGUUUCCAAAAUUUGUCAAAAGCGGCCAGGUAUUUUGGCAAGGCAACGAGCAGGUUGCGGCGCAGAUGAAAAAGAUUGCCAUUCGCGAAGCAAAGCGCAACAAUGACGAGUACCGCCCGCAUGCCUUACGCAGCCUGUGGGAGUUUGCCAAGGCGAGAACUGAUUUAGACUUUCUGGGCGAGAUUACCGACAUUGUCACCCCGCACCUGGAUGCCGUCACCGACGACGACAAAAUGGACGUGGACUCUAAAGAGGACAAGGGUCUAGACACGGCGCAGAACGGCCUCGAGGCCAUUGCACGCGGCUACACGCGCUCACCGUCACGCGACGGCGCUCUCGUCGCCGCCUCUGUCAUCAAGACGUUGCAGCCAUACCUCACCCACCAGAAAUUCGGCUCGAUCAAGCGCGAAGUCUGGUACAAGUGCGUCGCCGACUUAAUGACGGAAGCCGCCGAGCUUAAGAGCGCUCGCACUGCGACCACGGACAGUGCUGCCACCUUUUUGGCGUACUUGGAUAGCCUGGACCUGGACAAGGCGGAGACGGGCACGCAUCCGCAGCGCGUGCAGCGCAUCGAGGCCGUGGCGGCGGCGCUCAAGGCGCAAGAGGCUGGUAUUUUCGAAACAACAGCGGACGGAAAGAGCAAGCUUAGGGAGGUGGUUCAGCGGGCGGUGCAGGAGGAGAGGGCGACGGAUCUGCAGCGGUCGUGGAAGAAGAUUCUGGAGGAGCUCAAAUAG